AUGGGACUCAAGAGGAAGCCCCCGACCACCCUACUUGAACUCCUCGAGGGUCAACCAGGGAAGGGUACGCAGGGAACGCCACAAUCCAAUGCUCCUUCCCCACCACCUUCGCCCCAGGCUAUCCAGACUAGGUCAUCCUCCUCAAAGUCACAGCCACAAUCCCCUCGCCCCAAACUUCCUGCCUCUCCCCCACCAGCUCUGCCUCCUCGGCCGGAGAGCACUGAUUCAAAGAGGAAGAGGAGUCCCAAGGGUAAGGAAACCGUGGAUGGGGGAAAGUCCCAACCUUCUAAGGAGAGGGAGGAAGCCCCGCGUGCGAAGCAAUUAAAGGUUGGGCACCAAAGCAAGGGUAAGGAGACCGAAGUCCAACCUUCCCAAGGCAAGGGAAAGGGGAUCGAGGCCCAAUCCUCGCCAAGCGCUUGGCUUCCCGCCCGAAUGCUCCACAGGGGUCCACUGCUGGAGACCGCGUCCAUGAGGGACCUUGGAGAUGGCGAGGGUGGUUACGUGGUAGACGCACUAGGGAGAACCAUGCUACUUCCCACCGACAUGGAUGGGUUGAAGAAAAUGAGGAUGCAGAAGGCUCUCCAGGCCACCUAUAGGAUGAAGGAAGAGGUGAACAAUAAGAGUAAGGCAGCCGAGAAUGAACGCUCUAAGCGCUUAGUGGCCGCGCGGACUCUCCAAGCUUCUGAGGAGGACCUCGCCAAGGCCAAGGCUGCCCUAACAGACGCUAUCCGAGAAAGGGACAAUGCCUCCGCGGGUUUGACUAGCGCUCAAAAACAGGCCGAUGAUCAAACAAAACAUCUGCUAGAAGCCGAGGAUCAGUUGCGAAUAGCCAAGGAGCUGAUCGAUGACUUAAAUAAAAGACUGGUCACGGCAGAGCAUGACAAAGGUGUGGCGGAGUAUGCUUGUGACGAAGCCAUAAGGGCCAAGCGGGAGGCCGAGCUUUACUGCUCCCAGGUUUGGGAAGAGGCCUUGAAGCGAGCUGGGGUGAAUGCUUCAUCCGAUUUGUGGAAGGCGGAUAACAUAUUCUACCCGACAGCCAUCCGUGAGGCCACCUCCACGAGCUCCGUGGUUGUGAACGACCAACCCGAGGAAGGGCUCACUCAGUCAGAAACCGUACAGGUCGGCGCCUCUCCUGAUCUCGAGGUACCCAAAGAGGUUGCUGAGCCUGUGGUUAGCACUCAGAUGCUUAAUGCUGAGGAGCCAGCCAUACUUGCCCAGCCCCUACAGGCAAUUCCUCUUACUGUGGUCCCUAAGAGUACCGACACUGACCCUGUUCAGCCUUCCUCAGAAGGGACUAUCCUCCAGGACGUUGAAGCUGAUCCCGUUCCGCCUUCCCAGGACGUGGCCGACGCAAAAUUAAAGAAAUAG